CGCCUCUUUUAGGGAUCAGAAAAGGCUCCCGGGGGCGGGGAAAGCCGCCACAGGCUCGGAUUUGCUCCGGAGGGAGAGGAGAAGGAGUUAAAGGGGUGGAGCGACAGAAAGCCAGGGCGAGGAAGGAGGAAAGAAAGGGAGGAAGAGCCUUGGCGCAGGAGGGGCGCUCCGGGUCCGGUCCUUUUUCGGCGCGUUUGGGAAGCAAAGGGGACUUUCCUCUUGCCUUUCUCCUGCCAAGACUCAAGGGGAGGGGUUAGGGAGGGAGGGGGGAGACGGUCUUUGGUCCUUGGUCCUCAGUGACCCCUUUUAUUGGGGGGUGGGGGCGCUUCCAGCCCUUCUCCAGCCCUUCUCCAGCCCCCCAGGAUGGAGAGGGUCUUGGCCAUCGCUUUGGAGCUGCUGAGCGCCUGGUUCGCCUUGGCUUUCCUCUUAAUCGUGCUGCCUUCCAUUUUCGGCAUCUCCUUGGGCAUCUCGGAGCUGUACCUCAAAGUCUUGGUGAAAACCUUGGAGUGGGCGACACUUCGGAUUGAGAGGGGCAUCAGAGAGCAGCGCAGGGAAACAUUGAAACAUACUGCAUCAAAUGUUAUCAUACAGAGAGAUCACACCACGAUGGAGGAGGCAAAUGCUGGCCUGCGCCGGGGUGACUUUGAGCUCUCGGAUGUUUUUUAUUUCUGCAAAAAAGGAUUUGAAGCCAUUGUAGAAGAUGAGGUGACCCAAAGGUUUUCCUCAGAGGAGCUGGUCUCUUGGAACCUUCUCACCAGGACCAACGUCAAUUUCCAUUACAUCAGCUUACGGCUGACUGUGGUGUGGGUUAUUGGAGUCUUCGUGCGGUAUUGUCUCUUGCUACCUCUUCGUGUUACUCUGGCAACUAUUGGAAUAGGUUCCAUGAUUGUGGGCACCACGCUGGUGGGACAGCUGCCAAAUGGGGAAACAAAAGACUGGCUGAGUGACCUUGUCCAUCUGACAAGCUCCCGGAUUCUGGUCAGAGCACUCUCUGGCAACAUUUACUACCACAACAAGGAGAACAAACCUCAGAAAGGUGGAAUUUGUGUUGCCAACCACACGUCUCCGAUAGAUGUUGUUAUCUUGACCAACGAUGGCUGUUACGCAAUGGUUGGCCAGGCUCACGGAGGCCUGAUGGGUGUCAUUCAGAGAGCCACUGUCAAGGCCUGUCCGCAUGUCUGGUUUGAACGAUCUGAAAUGAAAGACCGCCAUCUAGUGACAAAAAGACUGCGAGAACAUGUUGCCAACAAGGACAAACUCCCCAUCUUAAUUUUUCCAGAAGGUACUUGCAUAAACAACACAUCUGUAAUGAUGUUUAAAAAGGGGAGUUUUGAAAUAGGUGGCACUAUAUACCCAGUUGCUAUCAAGUAUGACCCCCAGUUUGGCGAUGCUUUCUGGAACAGCAGCAAACAUGGUAUAGUGAGUUAUCUCCUACGAAUAAUGACCAGCUGGGCCAUCGUCUGCCAUGUGUGGUAUUUGCCACCUGUAACAAGAGAGGAAGGAGAAGAUGCUGUUCAGUUUGCCAACAGAGUAAAGUCUGCCAUUGCUCGUCAAGGAGGACUGACAGAACUGCCCUGGGAUGGAGGUUUAAAGCGAGCCAAGGUGAAGGAAACAUUUAAGGAGGAAGAACAGAAAAAUUACAGCAAGAUGAUAAUAGGAAAUGGAGCAUCAUCAAGUAAACAGGCAGACUCGGAUUGAUCUCUUCCAGCUGAUAUUUCUUAUGUCUCAUUGCUAUAGACAAAGUGUGGAUUUUUUCCCUCUGUUUAGUCAAAAGAAAGCACCAGGGAGAGGCAGUGGAGGGCGCUGCUUUUUUCUUUUUCUCAUUGGUGUGCUUGUGUCCACCGGUGAAUUCCUGCUUUUGAUGUCUGGAAAAGAAAAAUGCAUUGAAGCAGAACAGAAAUCCCCAGUUGUCUGAAUGGGCUGCAGCUACUGAAUCCUUGCCCAAAGGGAAUGUACAUAAUAAUAAAAUCAAGUUAUUUAAUUGUGCAAAUGACAGUUGCAUCAUUCAUGUGGUUAUGGAAUGUUUGAACAAUUCUUCCUCACUGGUCACUCUGGAUGGGCUGCUGUGUUUGAUUGUUUGAGUAGAUGGUCUUACAUUUCCAAGAUUGUUUUACUGGGUGUGCAUUUUGUUGUCUUUGUUGUUGAUGAAGUGUUUUGGGUAGAGAGUAAAUAUCUGAGCCUUAGGCUAAUUAGCUGGAAAAUGUAAAGUGUCUAGUUGAUGAUCCAUGACAGUUAAAAUGAAGGAUUAAAACAGCCUGCAAACAAACUUUGAAGAGGAAAAGAGUGAGUUUGCUUGUUGUAGAAACCCACCUCUUCUUUUCAAAACAUGCUAUUUAAAAAGUCUAGAAAACUGUUUAAUACGGUCUCUUCCUCUGCAGACACCAUGCACAAGAGAAAUGGGCAGGUGAUUUUGAAAGUUCUUUAAAAAAAAAGACUAAAAGUUCAAAGAAAAAAACCCUGGAGGUGAACAAAUGUAUAACGCAAUGCACUUCUCUCACGAACUGUGUUGGCAAUGGCCUAUAUGUAUAUUUGUCACUUAAUGUCUGAGAAAUAUGUCAUAUUGCCUUAUUGUAAAUUAAAAUAAAAAAAUCUAUAUUUCUAA